ACACGAUCAAACAUUGGGACCGCUCCUUUGCAUUCCCCUGAUCUCUCUCUCAUCGAUUAUCUUGGCACCUGCCAUACAGUCGAUUCUAAAAUGGACUUUUUAGUUCAGAAACAGCUCAUCAACUCGCGGUCACUCCAAUAUGCCUACUACGCCAGCGCACCGAGUAAUGAGACCGCUGCUUUCGAUCAACCUGCUUUACUACUCCUCCAUGGCUUUCCAGAAACUUCGGGGACAUGGGCAGCCCUCAUUCCAUACCUCUUGACCCUUGGCCUUCGUAUUCUGGUACCGGACCUUCUCGGUUACGGUGGCACCUCUAAGCCCUGGGACGUGUCCUCAUUCAGUGUCGACGCCAUGACGAGCGAUCUUGCCGAAAUCUUGACUUUCGAAAACGUCUCGAGGGUCAUACCCAUCGGCCACGAUUGGGGAUCCUACCUCGCUCAUAGGUACUAUCUGUACUACCCGGAACAAGUCGAUGCCGUCGUCUUGUCUGGUUACUACUACCAACCACCGAUCCGUGAGCCUAUCAAUAUUACCCAGAUCGCAGAGGAGCGGGAAGAGCUCGUUGGAUUCCCUCUCGGCUGGUACUACGCCUUCCUCGCCAGCUCAGAGGCAGCACCACUCAUCUCGGGUCAUAUAGAGAGCUUCAUAUCUGCGGGCUACGGCGAUGCCGGGGCUAUGAAGGAGACAUUCGGCUACAAGGAUUCGCUUCGCAAUUGGCUGCUUGGGGAUAAGAGGCGCACACUGUUGGAAUUUACUACUCGCGACCCUAACAUGCUGAAGACUGUGGAGGAAGCCUUCGGGGGCGAUGGACUCGUGUCCCCUCUCAUGUGGUACCAGGCGUAUGUGAAUGGCACACAAUACGAAGCUGAGAAGAAACUUCCAGCGGCCGCAGACAAGGUUGAAGUACCCUUGUUGCAUAUUUCCGGGAGAAAUGAUCCUCUGGGUCCGGCAGCGUUAUAUGAGACACAGGAGGCCAAGACUGCGGUUCCGGAUUUGACCAAUGUCGAGCUUGAUUCGAUUCAUUUUAUGCCGGUUGACAAGCCAAUGGAAAUGGCCGAGACAAUCAUCAAGUGGCUUGAGUCAAAGAAUUUGACAUCUGCUCGGGGGACCAAAGGGAAUUGAGGCUGAGGUUGGAACCAAAAAGUAUUCAAUUCGGAAGAGAAUGAUCAUUGAAGCCAAUUAAGGGGGCAGAUUUAGAAGAAAGUGGUUCGUGGUAUUGUCUACUUGUGGUUGGGCUUAUAGCAGC